AUGUCGUUCCUUGGCUCCUUGGCACCGCCUGACAGACCCAGAACCAGGUUGCCAGGGACUAUGGAAUUGGAGGAGUCGAAUGCAAGAGCGCAUCCAGAGUUCAAAACGGCUAUAGAUGCGAAAGGCACUAUCAAGCUCUUUAGCACCUCCAUUCCUAGGAAAGGCACUAUCAAGCUUUUUAGCACCUCCCCUGUUGAAGCCUUGAACCAUGAAAAGCGAAGAUUUCAAGAUCUAGAACUGAGCCACCGUAAAGCCAACAUUCCGAAGAAUGGGUAUGGAUUGACAGAGGAGGAAAUGAAAAUAUACACAAAGAGUCCGGACAAAUUUGAGAACAUUCUUGCAGCUCAUGCUGCUUCAGGCAAUGUUCCCUACGUAAUAGACCUUAAGAUAUCGUUAUCAAAAUACGCAAAAUUGAUCGAAGCUCGCAAUCCCAUCUACGGCAAACUGCCAGCCGGUGACUCCCAUUUGGCUUCUCUUGAAUGCCUCAUGUUUCUCGAGCGUUGGAUUCGUCUCCAAGCACCUGUCUUCUCCAAGACAGAGAAAAACGCAACAAUUGAUAGGUGGAAUGAGAAGAUCAAGGAACAAGAUUUUGCAUUGAGAGAGAGUCCGCAGUGGGGUUUGCUCUACAAAUUGUACGAGCAAUGGGUCAUAGAUCAGGCCAACUUCUACGAGCCCCAACAUGACUCACUUGAUGACCCUGAUUUUGAUUCUGAUUAA